UCUCCCCUCGCAGACAUGGCCCAAUUCGUGACACACAUCCAGCCGACGCUGAUGGAGGCGUCGCAAGGUCAUGUACCGCACCACCACGGACAUCAGGUGGGUGUGCAGCACUCGUCGCAUCUGCCCCACAGCGGUCACAACAUGCCAUCGCCGCCCACCCACAACCAUCAUCAUCACCAGCAUGGACACCAUGGAGGACACAGUAGUUCUGCCUCCCCCUCCUCCCAUCCGCAUCAUCUGCACAAACAGCAGUCAUCAGCGCAUCAAUCCAGUGGUCAUGCUCCACAUGCUGCUGCUGCUUCUGCUACUGCUGCAACUGGUCAUGCUCCACUGGCUCCUCAUAUUGGUCAUACUGGACAACAUCCCAGUCAUUCUAGUCACACGGCUCACUCUGGCCAGGGCCACGCCAAAACGCAUCACAGCCCUCCAUCCCAGCUGGCAUCGCCGCCAGCGGAGCACCCUGGCCACUACGAGUUCUAUCAGCACCAGCAUGAGGCGGCCUUCCAUCACACUGAGGGCGGGGUUCCAGGACCCCCCCACAAGCAUCAUGACAAGCACGAGCAUUGCCCCACAGGACACCACAGUGCGGGCGAUGGCAACACUUCCUUCCUGCGUGCUGCUCGCGCCGGAAAUCUGGAGCGUGUCCUCGAGCAUUUGAAGAACAACAUUGACAUCAACACCAGCAAUGCGAACGGCUUGAAUGCCUUGCAUCUGGCCUCCAAGGAUGGCCAUAUACACGUCGUCUCGGAGCUGCUGCGACGAGGAGCGAUCGUGGACAGUGCCACCAAGAAGGGCAACACGGCGCUGCACAUUGCUUCGCUGGCCGGACAGGAGGAGGUGGUGAAGCUGCUGCUGGAGCACAGCGCCUCCGUCAAUGUGCAGUCGCAGAAUGGAUUCACUCCCCUCUACAUGGCAGCUCAGGAGAACCACGAUGCUGUGGUGCGCCUGCUGCUGUCCAACGGCGCCAACCAGAGCCUGGCCACCGAAGAUGGGUUCACGCCGCUGGCCGUGGCCAUGCAGCAGGGCCACGAUAAAGUCGUAGCCGUCCUCCUCGAGAGCGAUACUCGGGGAAAGGUGCGUCUGCCGGCCCUGCACAUUGCAGCCAAGAAGGACGACGUGAAGGCUGCCUCCCUUCUCCUAGAUAAUGACCACAAUCCGGAUGUGACUUCCAAGUCGGGUUUCACCCCGCUGCACAUUGCCUCGCACUACGGCAACCAGAACAUAGCCAACCUGCUGAUCCAGAAGGGCGCCGACGUCAACUACUCGGCCAAGCACAACAUCAGUCCACUGCACGUGGCUGCCAAGUGGGGCAAGACCAAUAUGGUCUCGUUGCUGCUAGAAAAAGGCGGCAACAUCGAAGCCAAGACCCGCGACGGGCUCACUCCGCUCCACUGUGCCGCACGCUCGGGACACGAACAGGUGGUGGAUAUGCUACUGGAGCGCGGUGCCCCCAUUAGCGCCAAGACCAAGAACGGACUGGCUCCCCUCCAUAUGGCGGCCCAGGGAGAGCAUGUGGAUGCCGCCCGCAUCCUGCUCUACCAUCGCGCGCCCGUCGACGAGGUCACCGUCGAUUAUCUGACUGCUCUGCAUGUCGCCGCCCACUGCGGACAUGUGCGCGUGGCCAAGCUCCUGCUGGACCGCAACGCAGAUGCAAAUGCUCGAGCCCUCAACGGGUUCACGCCACUGCACAUUGCCUGCAAGAAGAACCGCUUAAAGGUCGUGGAGCUGCUGCUCCGCCAUGGCGCCAGCAUUAGCGCCACCACGGAGAGCGGCCUGACCCCAUUGCACGUGGCUGCCUUCAUGGGAUGCAUGAACAUUGUCAUCUAUCUGCUGCAGCACGACGCCAGUCCGGAUGUGCCCACUGUGCGUGGCGAGACGCCAUUGCAUCUGGCAGCGCGUGCCAAUCAGACCGACAUCAUUCGAAUUCUGCUGCGCAAUGGCGCUCAGGUGGAUGCACGUGCUCGGGAGCAGCAGACUCCGCUGCACAUUGCCAGCCGACUGGGCAACGUUGACAUUGUAAUGCUGCUGCUGCAGCACGGCGCUCAGGUGGAUGCCACCACCAAGGACAUGUACACGGCGCUCCACAUUGCCGCCAAGGAGGGCCAGGACGAGGUGGCAGCCGUGCUGAUCGAGAACGGGGCUGCGUUGAAUGCCACCACAAAGAAGGGCUUCACGCCGCUGCACCUGACGGCCAAAUAUGGGCACAUCAAGAUGGCGCAGCUUUUGCUGCAGAAGGAGGCUGAUGUGGACGCACAGGGCAAGAAUGGAGUGACUCCGCUCCAUGUGGCCUGCCACUACAAUAACCAGCAGGUGGCCCUUCUGCUCCUCGAAAAGGGCGCUAGCCCCCAUGCAACCGCCAAGAACGGACACACGCCGCUGCACAUUGCGGCGCGCAAGAACCAGAUGGACAUUGCCACCACUCUGCUGGAGUACGGCGCCCAGGCCAAUGCCGAGAGCAAGGCCGGAUUUACUCCGCUGCACCUGAGCAGCCAAGAAGGACAUGCCGAGAUCUCCAACCUCUUGAUUGAACACAAGGCAGCUCUGAAUCACCCGGCCAAGAACGGCCUCACUCCCAUGCAUCUGUGCGCUCAGGAGGACAAUGUGAAUGUGGCCGAGAUUCUGCAGCGCAAUGGCGCUAGCAUCGACAUGCCCACUAAGGCUGGGUUUACGCCCCUGCACGUCGCCUCACACUUCGGACAGGCGAAUAUGGUGCGCUUCCUGCUGCAGAAUGGCGCGAACGUGGAUGCAGCCACAUUGAUUGGCUACACUCCUCUGCAUCAGACAGCUCAGCAGGGACAUUGCCACAUUGUCAACCUACUGCUGGAGCACAAGGCCAACGCGAAUGCCCAGACCGUCAACGGGCAGACGGCCCUGAAUAUUGCCCGCAAGCUUGGCUACAUCAGUGUGCUGGACUCGCUGAAGUCCAUCACCACAGAGGAUGAGGCAGGUACCGCACCAGCCCAGACCGAGGAAAAGUAUCGCGUCGUUGCCCCGGAGGCCAUGCACGAGUCGUUUAUGUCCGACUCCGAGGAAGAAGGCGGUCACACAAACUGGGAAUUGGACGCGUGCUACGAGUACGGCAUUGGCAUUGACCACAGCCACAGUCAUCGCCACACACGGCCAGACACUCACGUCUACAUGCCGUAUUACCAGGGCGACACACUCUAUGUCACCAGCGAAGACAAUAUGCUAUCAGAUCAACCAUACCGUUAUCUGACUGUUGAUGAAAUGAAAUCCCUAGGCGACGACUCGCUGCCCAUUGAUGUGACCCGCGACGAGCGCAUGGACUCCAACCGCAUGACCCAGAGCGUUGAGUAUGCCGGCGGUGUGCCGCCCACCAUUGGGGAGGAGCUGAUCAGUCCACACAAGGCACAAGUGUAUGGCAACUCUCCCAAGGCCACCGUGGAUGGUGUCUACAUAGCAAACGGUCAUGGACACGAUGAGCCGCCGCACGUGGGCCGCAAACUGAGCUGGAAGAGCUUCCUGGUCUCCUUCCUGGUCGAUGCACGAGGCGGAGCCAUGCGCGGAUGUCGACACAGUGGCGUGCGCAUGAUCAUUCCAUCGCGCUCCACCUGCCAGCCGACGCGGGUCACCUGUCGCUAUGUGAAGCCACAGCGGACCAUGCAUCCGCCGCAGUUGAUGGAGGGCGAGGCCCUGGCCAGCCGCGUGCUGGAGCUGGGUCCCUGCUCCACCAAGUUCAUUGGCCCCGUCGUCAUGGAGGUGCCGCAUUUCGCCUCGCUACGUGGCAAGGAGCGCGAGAUCAUUAUUCUACGCUCGGACAAUGGCGAGACCUGGCGCGAGCAUUCUAUCGACAACUCGGAGGAGAUCAUCCACGACGUCUUGCAGCAGUGUUUCGAGCCAGAGGAAAUUGCCCAACUGGAGGAGCAAGCCGGCAAUCAUGUGUGCCGCUUUGUCACCUACGACUUUCCUCAGUACUUUGCUGUCGUAUCGCGCAUUCGCCAGGAAGUGCAUGCCAUUGGGCCGGAGGGCGGCAUGGUCUCCAGCACUGUGGUACCGCAGGUGCAGGCCGUCUUCCCCCAGGGAGCCCUUACCAAGAAGAUCAAAGUUGGCUUACAGGCCCAGCCGGUCGAUCCCGAUCUAACCGCCAAGCUGCUGGGUCGCGGUGUGGCCGUAUCGCCGAUAGUGACGGUAGAGCCGCGCCGCCGUAAGUUCCACAAGGCCAUCACACUCAGCAUGCCGGCUCCGAAGGCCCACAGCCAGGGGAUGAUCAAUCAGUAUUCGGGCAACACGCCAACCCUGCGGCUGCUAUGCUCCAUCACAGGUGUGUUUCGGAAAAGGUCUCUAAAAGGCGGACCGUCCCGUGCCCAAUGGGAGGAUGUCACUGGCUCCACGCCUCUGACCUUUGUCAACGACUGUGUCUCCUUCACGACCACCGUUUCGGCUCGCUUCUGGCUAAUGGACUGCCGCAACAUCUCCGAUGCCACCAAGAUGGCCACAGAGCUUUACAAGGAAGUCAUUCAUGUACCCUUCAUAGCCAAGUUUGUGGUGUUCGCCAAGAAAAUUGAACCCUUCGAGGCCCGCCUGCGCGUCUUCUGCAUGACCGAUGACCGCGAGGACAAGACUCUGGAGAAGCACGAGCUCUACACGGAGGUGGCCAAGAGUCGCGACGUGGAGGUGCUCGAAGGCAAGCCGCAGUACAUUGAGAUGGCCGGCAACCUGGUGCCUGUCACCAAGUCCGGAGACCAGCUGCAGCUCCAGUUCAAGGCCUUCCGAGAGAACCGUUUGCCCUUCACGGUGCGUGUGAAGGAUCAGCAUGCUGACAUCGUGGGCCGCACCCUGUUCAUGAAGGAGCCCAAAGUGGCCAAGGGCGAGCCGCCACAGCAACCCAUCUGCAUACUGAACAUCGUGCUGCCAGAGGCGGUGAUACCGGACUCGACCACAGCGUUCUCAGACCGCGUCACCUCCGCCUACAGAACCUCCAUGUUCAGUUUGAGCAAGCACCAGAACGAUCACUAUAUCGGCGACAUUCGCAUUGUGGAUUUGUCCAAUCUGCUGGGCAAGGACUGGAUACAGCUGGCGCCAGAGAUCGGCAUCAACGCGGAGGAGAUCGACGAGAUCAUCAACCAGAACACCGACAGCAUAGCCAGGCAGGCUCAGAGCAUGAUCCGCCUCUACAAGGACAAGCCAAACUACGACAUCCUGUCCCUAGAGACGGCGCUCAAGGACAUCGGACGAGACGACAUCAUGAAAAAGUGCAAGAGUGGAAGACUCUCGCAUUCGCGCGAGUUUGACGAGACGGACAUCAUGAAGAACUCGGAAUCCGUGGAAGAGCUGGUUCGCAGAGAAAGCAAGCGAAUCCAGCAGAUCAACGAACGUGAAGAAGUCAAGUACUCUGCCGAGGAGAAGGAGGUCGAGGAGUCUGAGUCCGACGAGGAGCAAGUCAAACGGACCGUGGCCGAGAGGCGUGAGAAGAUCGUCAAGCGCCUGUCCGUGGAGCGUUCCAUACCUGCCUCAACGCAGAAGAAAGAAAUCAACCGCGAAAUAACCGAAAUCAAGCGAAAGAGUCUGAUCGAGGAUAAGAAGGCCCAUCACGAGUCCGAGAUCCUUAUGCAGCUGCCCGCCGACAAUGUGAUCAUCAAGACAGCGGCUGUGCCCGAACAAGUCAUGAAAAUGAAGAUGGGCAAGAUGGACUCCACGGAGGUGAGCAAGAGCGACUUCGACAAGGAGCUGACGCACAAGUUCAAGUCAUCCGGCCGCAGCUCUGAGGAGGAGGAACAGCCAUCCCCCGACGCCAUAAAUAAGAUUGUACAGGACAUCAGUUCUACCGAAAAAACGGAGAAAGAUGCAGUAGCUUUCAGUCGGGCCACGACCAUCACUCGUCAGGAGGCGCGGGAUAUCACCGAGGAUUUCCUGGAGAUUGAGAAACGCAGCCAACUCCCGGCGACAACUUCCACAACGGACACAGUGCACGAGAAGUUUGUUGAGGAGGUAAAGGAGAAGAAGACUAGCCCCAUGGCCUCAGUGACGCCGGAAACUGUGAAGGAGGUCGAGCACUUUAUCAGCGAAGUGACUGAGAUCGCCAGCAAGAAGGUGGAGAACAUUAUUAGCUCCUUCGAGAGCGCAAAAACGGAAGACAGUGCCGUAAUCCUGCCGAGCCAGCCAGCGCCCGAGACAACGAAGGUCAGCGAGACCAUUAAACAUCUGGAGGACGCUAAGACAGUGGCCCAGGAACAGGUGAAGACCGUACAGGUCAUCGAGAGUACAACUAUCGAGGAGACAAUCGCCGAAUUCGAGGCGAAAAAGGUUAAGUACGACUUUCAUGGCGGCGAACCAAAAACCCAAAUACCCAAACUUGUGAGAAAGCCAAGCGAGGAGUCCAUGAAGCCGACUGCGGCCCCACGUGCUGUGGCAGAAGUUGAAGGCGACCUGACAGCCGAGAGCAAGCCCGAGAAGCCCAUUUCCAAAAUACCAGUCAAAACUUCCGCGGGCGAUGCCCAAAAGAUUGGAGAUGUGGUGGACACACGAAAGGUGACCCACGACUUCCUGCAUAGCGAGAAGUUGGCCGCCGAGCCCAAGGCAGUGCCAGCAGCCAGCAAGAUACCCAAGGUGGAGCCACGCAAAUCAGUAGAGAAGCUGGUCGACAGAGAGUCGAGAGUCCUGGACGAUCUGGUGGCCCCUACCGCCAGCAUUAUGACAGCAGCAGGCCUGGGUGCAGAGGUGCCAAAAGACAAGCCAGCCGAACAGCCAGAGAUUGCAGCCAAGGCAGAAACCCUCACCGAAAAGCUUUCUGAAUUGAUUGACACAUUCCACAAGGUCGAGGAGAAGGUUGUGAAAUCUGAGAAGCAUUCAGAGAUUGCCAGCAAAAUGGAGAAGACAGUCACGAUCGAAGACAAGCCCCUCGCACAAGUGCAGCCCAAAGAGGACAAGGUGGCGGAAAAGAUAGCCGAAGUUGUGGAAACAUUCCACAAGAUCGAAGAGCACAUAGCUACCGCCGACACACGCAAGCUUACCCACGAUUUCCUAAGCAUGGAGCAGCAAAGCCAACUGCCAAGCAUACCCCAAGCCCCCCAGCAUCCUCUUGAAUCCAGCCUGACAUCGACAACAACAUCGGAGCCAGAUUCGGUGAUCUCAGUGAAACCGUCGCCGCCUGCCAGCAAGAUACCUGUGGUGGAGCCCAGGAAGACACUAAUCGAGGAGUCAGUGAAGCCAACGGAGCCAGCCGCCAAGACUUUGAUCCAGGAAGCUGUAAAGCCCACUGAGGAGCCGCCCAAGAAGAUCCUGCCCGAGCGUCAGCUAACCGCCGAUUUCCUGAGCAUGGAACAGCAGACACAUAUACAGUCCCUACCCGCAAAAGCUCUGGUUGAGGAAGUUGUCAAGUCCGCUGAACAAUUGGUAGAGCUGAAAACGGAAAAGGAGUCCCAGGCAGCGAAAACUCUGAUCGAGGAGGCAGUGAAACCAAUUGAGCAGCUGACCCAGCAGAAGGAGCCCCUGCCCGAACGUCAGCUAACUGCUGACUUUCUGAGCAUGGAACAGCAGACGCAGCUGCAUCCCGUGACCAUUGAGCAAUCAGUAUUGCCAAAGAGCAUCGAUUCCAAGGUGCUGCCAGAAAAACUGUCCAAAGGCGAUGGCAUUGAGUCGGCGGCACCGAUUGGAGAUGCUUCGCUCUUCGAAACACCCAAACCGGAAUUCGCUCUCGUUACCAAAAAGCCGGAAAUUCUGCCGAGUGUGGUCCAGGAAUUUACUGAGCACGAUAGCAAUACCUUUGACAAACGAGCCACUGUUCCAUUGAGUGUGUCAAUCAAAGACGACGGUCUCAGUGCUCCCCUGUCUAUGGAGCCACGAAAAUCCCUGACCGAUGCCGAGUUCUGCAAGUCUGUGGGCGAUACGAUCAGCAAGAAGAUGAGCGCGGGAGUCAUUGAGAUAUCCGAUGAGCUUAAACAAAUUGCGAGCGACAUUCCAGACUCCCAGACUCCGCCGCCCACACCCAGCGACACGAAAAUCGAUAAGCAGAACGAAGAGCCGGAGCUGAUCAGCUUGGAGCGUGAUUAUCUCGCCGAUAAUGUGACCACGCUGCACACGACCACAGAGUCGACGUUUGAGCGCGUCUCUGCCAUAACAAAAAUAGAAACCCUUCAGGAAAAAUUAGUCGACACAUCCAUUCUGGAUACCGAAACGAUCUCACAGGAAAUCGGUGAUGUUAAAGUUGGUGGUGGUGAAGGUGGCCGUGGAGGUGAUGGUGAUGAUGAUGGUGCAGAUCUUGUGGCACGCAUUCGCGAGGAAGCCACUAUCCUGGUGGAUAGUGUGCUCGAAGAGAGCGUUGAGAUCAUUGAGAGCCAAGGCAUUGACCAGCAGCACCAGGCCAAUGGCCACGAGUUCGUUAAGCAGGAAUACAACUCGGAGAGUGAUAACUAUGCCAUCACAUGCGACGACAUUGACGGCGUUGAUGUCAUCAAAUCGCCCACAAUCGAGUCCAUGUCGGGCAAGUCAUUCGAUGAUAACAUGAGCUUCACCGACGAGCACAUACACUUACCCUUGCAUGUCCAAAACAUAGCCGCCACGACCACAGUAACCACUCAAUACCAACAGCAACAGGCGCAGUCGCACUCCCAAGCUGCUGCCACAACCUCAUCAACGGCAAAAGAAACCGUACCCGAACCCGAAACAAUGCCAGUAACAGAACCAGUACCAGUACCAGUACCUGUAGUGUCUAGUCAAGAUCAAACCGAAGACGAAUCAGAGGCGCGUGCGAGACGCAUCGAGCGCAAGAUUGAGAAGCUAUCCACUGACAUGGACGAUGUGAGUGCGAAGUUCGAUGAGGCUUUCGAGUCGGCUGUGCCCGAGGAUGAGAUCAGUGCACUUCAGGGCGAUUUUUCCAAGCUCAGCUGGGACGACAGCGUGUCGCCUACGACCAACACAAUGGCCGAUAUGGCCCAGAACCAGAUAACCCCCGACAAUGACAUUCAAGAGCUGACCGCAGAAACAGGCGGCGAUUUACCAAUCUCAAGUGAUACCACUCCCGUACCACUGUCGGCCGUUGUGGCAGCCACAGUCGCCACAGACAAAGAAAUACCAGAUGAGCCGGCGGUAGAAUCCACUACCACCAGCCACGACACACCCACACCAAAGCCACGAGUACUCAAAGCCAGCUCCCCCGUUUCCGAAGUCCCCGGCACCGAUAUCGACAGCACCACCACCACGAUCCCCAGCCAUGUGCAAAAGCCCGACAUACCGAUCGAUAUAAGUUUUGAUGCCGCCGCACCAGUCCCAAAGCCACGCGCUCCCAUCAAGCAUACGGAACCAUCCGAGAAUCUGGCCGCCUUGGCCGAACAGUCCGACAGCAUUAGCCUGCGAAGCUUUGAGUUUACGGAAGACCUCUCCAAGACGGACGAGCCCUCCACAGAGCUGUCCAUCCGAUCCCAGCUGCGUGAUGUGGUCACAACCACAACCGCCACCACCACAGCCUCGGAGGAUCACACGGAGAGCUUCGAGCCGACGAGCGAGAUAUCCGUAGACGAUGCUGACACUGAGAAGUCGGAGGCUGCCGAGAAGACCACCAGCUUUUAUAUCGGCGAAUCGAGCCGGAAUGUCAUCACCAAGACCACAGCGAAGUCAGCCGGUAACACACCCCAGGAUGAAGAGGCCGCUACGGACAUUGGCAUCGACGCCAAGGACAUAUCGCUGAUGAAGGAGGUGUCCGUGGACUCGGACGAGACCAAUGACGUGUUUAAGGAGUACGUGACGAUGAAACGUGACGAUGCUGAGGCCGUGGAUAGCAAGAUAGUCAGGCAGGGUUCCGAGACCCGAAAUGAUAUCUUAGAGUUUGAGAAUGCCGACAAGGAGAAGGCUGGUGAGCCAAUUCUCACCAAGGUAACAACGGAGGAGAGCCUAACCACGUCCACCGGCUCCAGUGGUCGGGCAAUCAUAGAGGUAGCGCCUUCGAGCAGCGAAGACCCCGAUGAGUCCGGCAAGGAAAUUCCCGAAAUAGUUAACACAAUAUCCUCCACAGAACGGUUUGAACUGCCACUGGAGAAGAGUGAGUGGGAGAUAUCUGAGAAGGAAAUCCCCAGUGCGGGCAAGCCUAAGGUGGUGCACUCGCCGCAGCAACAGCAAGCCACCACCGGAACAGACAUCGUUGAGGAAUCGCUGGCCAGUGAAGCCAGUCUCGAACCCCAGGACUCUCUAGAUUCAGCCAAGACUGAUCAAAGAGACGGAAAAUUUAACGAAGAAUCCCCAGCCGGUUUCGAGUUCGAGACAAUGCCCCACGCUUUUGCCACCGGUGCUGAGAGCGGAGAUAUAUCGUCCUUCAUCGGCAUACCUGACAUGCAAACGUCAACAUUGGACAGUACCCAGCCCCCAGAGGGCCUAUUCGAUACCACAAUCAGGGAGACCCUGAAUAAGCAGGCGGCCAUGGCGCACUAUGCUCAAGACGUGUUCGGACGCGUGGAGAGGCGUGAUGAUCACGGAUCCCUGGGGUUCGUAUCCACUGGCACCGCCGAAGAACUAAGCUCGAUGGAGGAGCAUAUGGCGAAAGAAGAGCAGGCCUCUCUUGGCUUUAUAUCUACGGAGACGGCAGAGGACUUUAGCUCCAUGGAGGACUACUACACGGAAAAGUUAACCACUGCCAGCUUGGUGGCAGAGGAAAUUGCUGCCGACAAGUCCAUCACCACCAGCAGCUUCGAAGAGGUGACAUCGGACCAGUCCAUUCGGCCGGUCGAUGUGGUGGUUCAUCGGCUGAAGACCGAAUCAUCGCCGGACUCGACCAACCGCUGGUCCAUACCCGACGUAGACAAUUCCAGCUCCAGCGAGAGCUACCACAAGAGCUUCGACAAAACCCAGAGUCGACCCCUGUCCUCUGACAUGGACAUCCUACUGACGGCCACCGGCACUGGCACCGGCACCUCCAGCGAAUACCAGACUGCUCGCGAUUCCACCUGUCGCGAGGGCACCGAGUACGUGAGUGCACUCAGCACUCUGAACAGCAGCAGUGGUCAGACAAUUAGCUCGCACGAGAGCAUGCGCAGCUUCGACUCGCAGUCGGAGACUUCGGCCAAUCUGGCCAGUAUCGAUGUGUCCGAGCUGUCGGAGACAUUGGUGGCCUCCUCAGCGGAGGCAGAUCCCUUUGAUUCGGAGGAAAUGAGUCGCCUGCGUGACCUGCAAGCCGAUGAUGAUGACAGCGAUGAGAGCGUAGAACUGCCAGGCUCCUCGUAUCCGACUAACGAGCAGCAGAGCUUGAUGAAGCGAUCCCAGGAAAUGAUUUUCAAGCCCAAAACAGAGGCGGAUGAACAGCCUGCCAUCGAGUCAAUCCAAAUCGAAGAGUAUCCCAAGCCCAAAGAGGCCGAACGCACCUGGGGCCUGGCCUAUCCAAUGGAGGACAGCAAGGCCGAUAGUCCCCAUGAGAGCGAGAGGGCCGAGGACAUAUUGAUGUAUCACGGUGACCCCAGGCGAUCCAUUGACGACUCCAAGCUGGCCUCAAGCCUGGACGAGGGCAGCAUUCUGUCGGUCAGCAUGUCCAGUACCUCCAACAUCGACACCGUUGUGGAGAACUUUGAUGACAUUAUCGGAUCGGCAGGCUCGUCGUCGCUCACCGGCAUCGAGGGCUUCCAAUAUGGACACGACGAACCAAUGCCCUCUGCCUCCGUGCCGGAGGAUGCCACAUUCAUGCUGGAGAUGGAGAGCAAAGAGCAUUCUCCGCAGGACUCGAAUGCCAGUACGCCACCGGGCGGAGAGUCGAAGAGACGUGGCCACAAGCGCAACGAGAGUAUCUCCGGAGAUGCCUUGAAGAACCUGGAGAAGGAGGUGGCUUUGCUGGGCGAGGGCAAAGAGUCGGAGAGUGAAUCGGACACAGAUCCCUACGAGUCCGAGUAUGCGCGCCAAUUCCGCUCGCCCAAGGAGCGCAAGAGCAAGAAAAAGAAGCAGGCAGCUGCCGAGAUGGAUCACAGUGCGGAGCUGGAGAAGCGUCCGUUCACCCCGUCCCAGCUGGUGGCAGAGAUCAUAGUGGAAGACGCGACUGAGGAGUUGGAGGCGGAGGCAGCCAUGAUUGAGGAGCGUCGUCCCUCACAGAACAUGCAGGACUACUCGAAAAUACCCGAUAUCAUGGUAACGGAGGACGUUAAGUCGCCGAUUUUGGAAGAGGAGGCGGACGACUUCCCCGAGAAGUCCUUGUAUAAAGUACGCACCGAGGAGGAGCUGCAUAAGGCAAGCGAUACCUCUGUGUACGAAAAGGCCAAAGCCGAAGAGAAGGAGCAGGACUUCCAGAGACGGGUCCAGGAACAGUACAGACAGAAACUGGAGGAGCUGAAGCGUGCCGAGGUCGGUGCGGAGUAUGAUGAUCGCAAAGCCCCCGAUUCGCCAGACUCCUUUGAAAUGGUCGAGCAGCCGGACAUAUCGGACGAGUUCGUCAUUAUUGAGGAGGUGGCCAAGGAGGCCAACGAAGUGGAUCUCGGCGGCAAGAGCAUCAAGAUAGCUCCGAUCAAGUACGAGCAGAAGCACGACUCUGACGUUGAGAAGAUCAUCACCAAGUCGGCCCCAGCGGACCCCAAGCUGGGAUCCCAGCUGUACAAGGAUGAUCUCAACUUUGAGUUCGAGGAGAGUCCGCCCACGGGCGCCAGCAGUAGCAGCGAUCAGCAGGAGGAGAGCGACUCCAGCGAUACGGCGGCAGCCAACAAGCGGUGGGUGGAGAUGCAGCUGACGGACAACCAGCUGCGAUAUCCCUACGACCUAACUGGCGGCGUGCUGGAGGAUAUUAAGGAGGAGGAUGGGGAGUUUGAGGUCGGCAGUAGUCGCAUCAGCAGCUUCAAGGACUCAUUCUCGAGCACACCCGAAUACGAUGUGAUGGCCGCGCGACGGUACCACUCCCGCGGCGAGCACGACGAUGUGUCCAUGAGCAGUCUGCAGGAGUUCGAGUCCCUGGAGCAGGCCAUUUCGUUGGAGAACCGCAACCGCACCCACCAGGGCUCCACGGACUCGAGCAACGGCAGCUUCACACGUCGCUACGUGGUCCGACACAGUGGAAGUGGAACUGCGCCCGGCGACGAUGUGUCCAUAUCCAGUCUAAAGGAGUUCGAGGGUCUGGAGAAUGCCUGCAUUGAAGCCCAUCUCAUUGAGAUCAAGGCCAGGGAGGAGGCGGCGCUGCUCUCACGGUCCGAUGAAUCGAACAAAUCGAAUGGCAGCGACAAAGGAGCCGCUGGCAACAUGGUGGUAACCAAGGUGACCCGCACAGUUACCCGCACCGAAGUGGUGCCCUCGGGCCAAGCGGAAAACAUUGAAGCCCUGCUCAAACAGAAGCUGGAGCGAGAGGAGGGUGACAGUAAGCCGGGAUCGGCAUCGGUAAAGAUGGCCGACCUUACCGGCACUGAACUGGAGACCAAGUCGAAGAUCGAUAGUCAAGACUCCGAAAAGGACAGCAUCGAUAGCAUGGAGAUCAGCAAGAGCCACGACAUGAUGACGAGCAGCAUUGAGAGCUUUGACAUCUCAAAGGAUGCCACCACGCGAUCCGACAUUGAUUCCCUGGAGAUUGAUAAACGCCACUCGCGCCAGGAGAGCAUCGAGUCGUUCGGUGACGAGCAGCUCGAUCUGAUGACCAAGUUUGUCAGCGGCGGAGGAGUCACACUGGGAGAUGGUUUGACGACCACCACCACAACCACCACUACCAGCACUGAUGCCGAUGGGCAUGAGCACACUGUGACGCGGGUGAUAACCACAACGACUGUAGGUGGCGGGGUCCAGGAACUGCCUCUGGAUGAGAGCGGCAUGUCGAAGGACGUGUCCAUAGACUCCCUGAACCUCUGCGUGGAGCAGACGACCAGCUCGGCUGGCACCACGGCGACGUAUCAGACCAGCGCAGGUAACUCGCAAAUGUCCGGCAGCAUCACAAGCUGUGCCUCCAGCACGCUCAUGGAGGACUCGUUCCCUGGUGUGGGUGCCAUGUCGUCGUCGCAAAUGUCUGCUAGUUUCUGGUCGCACGACGAGUCCACGGUGGUCGAGGAUGAGGGCGACCAAGUGAAGAAGCAGCAGCAAGGCCAGUAAGGCCAGUGGCGCAGGAUGGGAGAGAGAGAUUACUCGUACAUACCUAGACGUAUAUGAAAAUGGGGCUUGAACAGAGACAUAGAAUAUUUGGCUAGAAGCAGAGCUCAACUUUGAAAGAUAAAAACAAGGCGCACUUCUAGGGGAAACACAAACCGAUGAAGUACUCUCUGGAAGGGCUGCAGUAGCAUCUGAACAUCACCGAUUUCAAAUCGAAAACCGAAAAGCGUACAGCAUAAUAAUUAACUAGACAAUUUGACAUUUUCCAUCUACAUACACACACAUUUUUAAUGAUAUUGAGCUGCAUACCCGAGUUUUUAAAUGCAAAUAUAUAUAUUUUAUAUAUUUAUAAAAACUAUAAAAUCGCAAACAUGAAUAUGGCACUAGCUGUUCAACGCAUUUUCUUAUUGGCUUUAAUGUUUAAAAAUUAAAUAAAAGCGAAUGCUUUAUGCUGCAGCGUCGUAAUGGAAUACACCUUUGCUUUUAAUUUGAUGUAGUUAUUAUCUAUGUAUAUGUACGAAGGAUAUUAUUAAAUGAAUCGCUUAUUAUUGUAGUUUAAUUUAAGCAAUUAUACAAGAGCAUGUGUAAACGGGGACGUAAUGAAAUAGUAGUCAAAGCCUGGAAAGUGAAAUGCUUUUAAAGUCUCAUUUUUUUACAAGAACCAAGCAAAUUUACGCUUGCAUAUUUUAACUUGACAUAUACAUAAAUAUACAAUUUGAGAAACCAUACAUAGAUCAAAUUUAAACCACAUGUACGAACAAUAUAGUAUGGCGAUUAUUCACUUGAACCUACCACUCAAAACAGCCCAGGACGUGUAUCGCUAAUUUUCGUAAUGCACAUCUUGCGUGUAUUCGUCAAAAUACCUACUUAUUGAAAGGAUUUAAACGUUUUAACAUCACCACUGUAAUGGGAUAUAAAUAAAAUAAUAUUUGUGUUAAAAACAUACAAGAAAUAUUACCAAAAAAAGAACAUUAUUGUAUUGUAAACCACACGCGUACGAAUAACCAAAUAAAAUGC